UUUUGUGAAAUGGUGUUAUUUUAGACUUGGAGAUAUCAAAUUUAAUCAUUGGAGAACCUUUGCAAUAGCUUUUUAUGGUUGUACCUAAGUUAUAGGAUUGAAAGAUGCUGCCUGUAUUGUGAUAAGCUAAUUGUCAUGAGACAUAAUCAUCGAGAUAGUUUUAUUGAAUAUAUUAAGAGAGGGGUAAGAAAGGAUCUCUAAGACAUUUGUAAUUAUGCAACUAUUCAUCAAUGUGAUUUCUUAUCCCAUCCUAAAAGCCUCCAAAUUUUUGAAGUUUCUAAAAUACAGUUUAUAAAAACCUAACCAAAAUUAAUAAAAACUAUAAAUGCUGGCUGACUAUUGGGACAAGACUUUGAGAGCUAAUUUGAAAAUUUCAUACUUCUCCUCAAGUGAAUUACAAAUAGCUUAGUAGUCUCUAAGACUGGUUUUUGGGGUUAUAAAAUCUUGGCCAUUUAUUACAACCUCCACCAAUACUAGCCCUCCCCAAAAUGGUAGCCUGAAUAUUAUAAUAUACAUGAAGGAGCAAAUUUGAGGUGUGUCAAUACCACUGAUACACAUGACUAAAGCUUUUGUAAUAUUUUAGAAAUGAUCAGAGUAUUAUAAAGGAACUUAAUAAUUUUAAGGACUUCCAUUCUUGACCAACAACUAAACAAUCGUAAACCUUAUUAUUUAGAAGCGAUGUGUAGUUGGUAUUUUAUAAAGAUGAACAUAAUUUCUUUGACUGGCUAGGAUCUCAAGAACCCAAAAAUUAUUUCAUCGAUCAAGAAAAUAUUGCUCAUUUAGGAAUAAUUCAAUUCGCACAAGUCCUAGGUUUAGACUAGGUUUAGAGGCACGCCCGAAUUCAUGAGACAUUAGGAGCCAUUAAUAAUACGACAUCCUAUUGUUUUUCUAUUUUGCGUAAUUUUUAAUCCUCUAGUUUACUGAAUUAGUGUCUCGAACAAUCCUGGUGAAACUCAGAUAGCUCACAUAUAAAAGAGAGAAAGAAAAUAUUUAAUACAAUUAAUUUAAAUAUGGAAUUGUACAAAAACUACGAGAACAUCAGCUGGGAUUCCUUCUCAAAAUGGGGCAUUCAUGAUUGAUUUCGAAAACUAAAGGAGACCUAUUGAGUCUGCUCCUUAGAAAGCAUCCCUGUUUCAAAAUUUGGAAGAUAUUGAUCAGAUGGAGAUCAAAUUUUUUCUCCACUUCCAAAAGAGGUCAAAGUUCCUUUUAACAUAAAUUCAAUCAGGCCUGAGCAAAGAAAUAAGGAGGUUUCUCAUGACUCUGAUGUGAAAUCACCUGAAGCAGAGACGAAUAUAAUUAGAAUACCUUCUGAACAAAGUCAGGUGAUAGAAGAAGAACAUAAGGAUGACUCAACGACAGUCAAACCUAUCGCCCACAGAACUAGUCGUUCAGCAAGACUAGACAUCACUGAUAAGCUGAUUGCUCUGAGAAGUAUUAUCAUGAACAAUCCUGUAUCACCUUUCAGACGUUCAUCCAAGAAGACGAGGUUUACUAAAAAUAAGUACCUUGGGAGGAGAUCCAAAUACAUUGGAGUUACAAAGAACAAUAUCCACUGGCAGGCGCUGAUCAAUGUCAAUCAUGCUAAGAAGUACAUUGGCACUUUUACCGACGAAAUCGAAGCUGCUAAGACAUAUGACUUAUUUGCACUAGCAAUGCAGGGAAGGCGAGCACGCCUCAACUUCAAUUACCCUCCUCAAAAAAUAGUUGAAAUGAUCGACCAAUAUCUCGCCCACAGAACUCUAACCCCUAAUACCUAAC